AGCGUAUCGUCGGAGUUUUGGAGGGGCUAUGUUGGCAUUAACUUCAGGGUUUAAGCAGAAGCUCGUCUUCUUCUCCUCCUCUUCCAAUUUCUUCAACGUCCCCAAAACCCUUUUUCGACCUCGACCUCGACCUCUCCAGUUCCUUGUCAUGGCGACUCCGCCCAGGGUGUCUUCGCCGCCUUACUCUACUGCUGCUUCCCCUAACCACGCUCCUGUAAAGCGCGUCGGCACUCACAAUGGAAGCUUUCACUGCGACGAGGCCCUCGGCUGCUUCAUGAUUCGCCUCACCAACAAGUUCGCCAACGCUGAAAUCAUCCGCACUCGCGACCCACAGGUGUUGGAGACUCUUGAUGCUGUGCUUGAUGUUGGUGGUGUGUAUGACCCGAGUCGUGAUAGGUAUGAUCACCAUCAGAAAGGAUUUCAGGAGGUGUUUGGACAUGGCUUUUCCACCAAACUCAGUAGUGCAGGACUUGUUUACAAGCAUUUUGGAAAGGAGAUUAUAGCCAAGGAGCUACAAGUUGAUGAAGAUCACCCAGAUGUUCUAUGUUUGUUCCUCUCUGUUUACAAAAGCUUUAUGGAGGCAAUUGAUGCUGUUGACAAUGGAAUCAACCGGUAUGACACAGACAAACCUCCUAGAUAUGUGAACAAUACACACUUGUCUUCGAGAGUUGGGAGGCUAAACCUUGACUGGAUUGAUCCAGAUCAAUCCUCUGAGAAGGAGAACGAGGCUUUCCAAAGAGCAAUGGCUCUGGCUGGCAGCGAGUUCUUAGAAAGAGUUCGUUUCCAGGCAAGGUCAUGGUUACCUGCACGAUCAGUAGUUCUGGGAUGUCUUGCAGCCAGGUUUGACGUAGACCCUAGCGGAGAAAUCAUGGUUCUGAACAGAUUUUGCCCUUGGAAGCUUCACUUGUUUGAGCUUGAAGAGGAGAUGAAGAUUGAACCUUCAAUCAAAUAUGUUCUCUAUCAGGAUGAACGGAGCAAAAGCUGGCGAAUUCAAGCUGUUGCAGUGUCUCCGGACAGCUUCGAGAACCGAAAACCUCUACCGGCUCAAUGGCGGGGGCUGAGAGACGAUGAUCUUUCCAAGGAAUGCGGAAUCCCUGCUUGUGUGUUCGUCCACAUGAGCGGCUUCAUUGGAGGGAACCAAAGCUAUGAAGGAGCCCUAGCCAUGGCUAAAGCUGCCCUCAAGCUCUAACUUUGAUAUUAGCAUUCAUACAAUCCUUCCAUAUUUUCCAUUUCGAACGUUGAUAAAUCCUCCAUUCCUUUCACUGUCAAUCUGUCAUCAACACUGCAAGGAUUUCGUUUUUAUUCUGAAAGCAGAUUCAAAUUUUCGCAACAACUUCGAGUUUGAAUGAGCCAAUUAAAGAAAAAACGAAAAAAGAUAUAAAAAGGAGAGGCUGCGUAACAAAUUUGAUCUGCUCUUGCUGGAAGCUGCAGCCCAUCUUAAAAGCGCUGCUCUCAUAGUCUCAUUUGAUUUCCAACCUCCACCACCGUCUCAUCGCCCCGGAGAGAAGUGCGCUUUCACAGAUUCUCCACCAUGCGAGCUCUCAAUCCAUCUGCCCCAUUCACCACCUUCCUCCCGUCAACCCUCAGCAGAGGUUCCAAGACCCAAUCCCUGCUUUGCCUCUCCAAAUCCAAAUCCAAAUCCACCGUCCACUUUGAUUUCCUCGCCAGUUCCUCCGCCGCCCCAUUCAAAUCCCUAGCUCCUCUUAGAUACUCUGUUCCUGCCUGCUCCUCCGAGGAUCUCUCCUCUCCAGUCCACGAUUCCUCCGCUGCAUCUGUCGUCUCCAGUUCGGGUAAGUCUCUGAAGAAUCGACUCCGAGAUGGGGAGACUCUCUACGGGCUCUUCCUGCUCAGCUUCUCCCCUACCCUCGCUGAAAUCGCCGGCCUCGCGGGCUACGAUUUCGUGCUCGUCGACAUGGAGCACGGCCCCGGCGGAAUCACCGAGGCUCUCCACUGCAUGCGAGCUCUGGCAGCCACUCGGACUCCGGCAAUUCUGAGAUUGCCGGAGACUUCUCCUGUCUGGGCCAAGAAGGCCCUGGAUCUGGGUCCCCAGGGGAUUAUGUUCCCGAUGAUCGAUUCCCCCAAACUGGCGAAGAAAGCAGUCUCGUACUGCCGCUUCCCGCCGGCGGGGAUCCGGGGAUCGGCCCACACGGUGGUGAGAGCUUCGGAUUACGGGAUCGACGAAGGGUAUUUGAGUAAUUACGAGGAGGAGCUGCUGAUUAUGUGCCAGAUUGAGAGCGAGGAAGCGGUGAAGAAAGCCGAUGAGAUCGCUGCCGUGGAUGGGGUUGACUGCAUUCAGAUGGGCCCACUGGACCUGAGCGCCAGCAUGGGCUAUUUGUGGGACCCGGGCCACAAGAAGGUCCGGCAGAUGCUGCGGGCGGCGGAGAAGACGGUGUUGGAGUCCAACCCUACCGGCGGCGGCAAAGGAGGAGCAUACCUGGCGGGGUUCUCGAUGCCGUUCGAUGGGCCGGUGGAUAUGAAGGCACGCGGCUACCAAAUGGUCUCCGGCGCCGUUGACAUUGGGCUGUUUCGGAACGCCGCCGUGGAAGACGUGAGGAGGUUCCGGAUGAGCUUGACCCAGAGCUCCGAUGAAGAAGACGACGACGGUAAAGACCCCGAUGAAAAGUACUGGAGCGAGUGAGCCCAACUGAACCAGCCCAGGUCUCUUUCUGCAACAACAAUUUGGUUUUUCUUUUUGUCUAAUUUCUGCAAGUUCCAUUGCCAAGAACAUUCCAGCUACAAAAAUCGUUUGUUCUGAACAGAGUUCUCUGCGAAAUGCGUAGGGUUUUUGCUUCUUGGAUUUUUUUCGUGUAGUAUGUAUGGAUGGUCACAUUGAGUGUGUUUAUUCCUUUCUGUAGCAGACUCGUUUGAAGUUCAGUCUCUAAUAUGAGAUUAGAGAAGAUAUG